AAGGAAGGAAGGAACAAAGAUUGUUUCACCACAGUCGUUCAUAACAAGGUAAAAGUCGUUCAUAACAAGGCUGUAAAAUUGUCGGUAGCUAUAGUGUAGUACAUGUAUAUGUAAUGUUUAUGUCGAACACCGGAGACCAUUUCCAGCUCGUGGAGGUCACUAGCUGACUGUCCCCCAGAGAGACUGUUGCUGAUGGGGUAUGGGGUGGGAGUCCUAGUGGAUACCUAGCAAGAAGCACGGCCAUGGAGCUUUCUCUAACCUUCCAAGCAUCCUACGUGCACACGAGCGCGUGGUACGUGCUCUUCCACAGGAGGAACCUGCUCACAGAAAUGGCCAAGAACAGAGAACUUCUGCCACUUGUGUUUAUUUAGGUUGCUUCUCAAAGCAACGCUCACAGAUCUUGCUGCCAGAUUGAGGAGGAUAAACACGAAAUGGAUGUCGGUCAGCUGCAGCUACAAGUUGAUGGAGUCACUCGCUCGUUUGCUGAGUGGAGUGCCUACUACGCCGACACCUACUACCCGAGGCUGGGGGACCAGUGCUACCGGGUGCCGGCACUGCACUUCAAUCAACAGAACCUCGUUGCCGACGAAAUGUUCAAAGGCAUGAAACUAGGUGUACCUGUAGGUAAACAUUUCCAAACACUGAUCCAUUACAUCUUAUAGAGAAUUUUAAACAUUCAAUUGUGGAGGCGAGCUUAAUGCACUACGAAAAAAAAAAAAAAAAAAAAAAAAAAUAACCAAACAAAAAAAGGGGUGGGGGUGGGAAGAGGCAUAGCUGAUCAUUAAAAAUACAGUAGUAGAGAAUAAAGUUUAUCCAUUUUGUUUACAAUGUGAGUAAUGAUGACGGAGGUAUCAGAACUGAUGAGGGAACAUAUUUUAGUUAGCUUACGAUGUUCCAUGUUUACAUUACCUAUGAUACAAAAUGAAGCUUCUGCAACAUGAAUGAUCAGUACAGCGUUAAAUUAAUAUCUUUUAACAGUAUUUUGCUAAGGAGGGGGGGGGGUGGAAAUUAACGUGUCGUGUUAUAUUUCCUCUGUGAUAGAACCAAAGCAAAUCCUUUGGGGAACUAGCUCACACCCUUGUGCUUGAAUACUUCGAGGAGGUUGGCCACAGACUACAAGCUAGAGGCAGCGGACCUCUCUUCAUCAUCAGCAGCGUCAACUACGACAACUACCUGGCCAGGCUCAAGACACCUGUGAAAGCGAAUAAAAGAAAGAAGAAGGGAACUAGAGGCGCAGACUUCAGAAAAGAGGAAGACGAGAAAACACUGAAAGACGAUGCCAAGAAAAGCAUCGGACAAAGGCCCGAAAACCACGUGACUUUCACCUCAGCUGACAAGGGUGAGCGCGGCGGGCCGAGAGCUCGUGACAACACGGGACAAGCUGUGAACGGUGCUCAUGAUUCGGCCUUUGCCCACAUUACGACGACUAACCAGAGAGCAGGGAAACGAGAAGAGCGAUGACAAGUUGUGGCGAGACAGCAGCAGAGAGGACGAAGGGGAAUGUAGGAGAGAAAGUGACGACACGUGCAGAUGACGUCAGAGGGCGAGGAGGGUAGCGAGGAGGCAGCGGCAAACAGAGUUAUCCCGCCUCGGCCCAAGGAGAUGGGGCAGCGUCCACAGAGAGGAGACAUCGACAUCGUCAUCAUCAGCCAGAAGUAUGGCGUCGUGCUGGUCGAGGUCAAGGCCGCUGGCGUGAGUGGCAGCUCGUGGGCUCACAACGAGGCGGCGAGUCGUGACGCAUACCGCAGCGUCCUCCUCAAGGCUGCAAAACAGCUCAACCGUGCAAGUCACGUGUUCCGCUUCAUCACACCUGACCUCAUUCCGCCUCCAGACAUCACCCUCGUCAUUGCUGUCCCCUUCAUGAGUCGUCGUCAGCUUCAUCAGAUCUUAUUGGAAGGUAAAGGGGAAUUUUGUGACAGCUUCCAUUACUUGUGCAAAGGCGAUUUGAAAAACCGGAAGUGGGUGACAGGGUUGUUCACUAAACACGAGGCGUGCAGGCAGCAGAGAGAAACAGUCGGCCACGAUUGGUGUUCAAGUGAUGCUGGAGCUGGAACUGAGGGUCUAGGAUGCUCUUUGUGUCGGUGGUGGGAUGAAAAUAUCACGGAGUGUACUUGUCUCCCCCUUCAUCAAGUGAAGAGUAUUGUCGGAAGAAUUUGUGGUUUGAUGUCGAUCGUGUCAGUGUGGACACAAACCACACCCCGGGUGGAGGUGAGGACGACUGGGCAGGCUGUCAGCGAGGUCGGGAGACGGGUGGCCGACAUCGUGCUGCUGCCGGAACAAGCCGCUUUGUUGGCCGACACCUCCUGCAACCGCGUCUGUCUGACCGGCCCCAUGGGCUCCGGCAAAACACUGCUGCUGCAGCUGAAAGGCCGUCAGUGGCUGGCGGAAGGCCGAAGGGUAGUGAUCCUCAACGUGCGAACAAGCGGCCGCGGGAGAGCCGUCGGCUAUGCCCUGGAAGAAGCUAUUGUUAGACAGGAUGGUGAGAGCGCCUCCACGGGGACAGUGGAGAGACACGACCUGGCGAUCGCUGAAACAAGCUUGGAACAGCUGGCGGCCAGACUACAAGUGAGCGGGUCGGUGGAGGACAUUUGCUUCAUCUUAGACGAAUUGACAAAGCAGACUUUCGACUUCGUACUGCAGCUAGCUGGAAGGUACCCAGACUGCCCUGUGUGGUGCGUGGCCAUGUUCCUCCACUCCCCACUUCAAGGCUUUCGUCACUUCCGGUUAGGCGACGUGCUGCGGUCUCCACCAUCCGUGCAGCUCUUGCUCCGCCAGCUGGACUUGAACCCUUACCACCACAAGGCUUACACCACGCGCAGUGCCGCUCGGGGCCUGCCGUGCGACGGUCCUCCUAUUAUCCUCAUUCAGCAUCGCCUCCACGACCCUUCCACCCGCCCCCUCCACUGCCACCAGUGCGCCAUCGAGCUGGCUGAUAUUUGCAGCACACGCUGGGCCUGGCCUCGGGGCCAAUGAUAGCCACGUGCCAAUGAUAACGACGACACGAAAGUCUAAGCCCUCAGCCGUCGAGGCGACUCGUUGUCCUUUAGAGAUGUGCUGCUGCUGGUGGGCAUGCCUGUCGACGCCUACAGACCCGUAAGCGGCGGACUCUUCCAGGCGGGGAAAGAGGACGUUAAAAAGUUCUGCCGCCAUGUCCUGUCCAGCCCGAUCCUUGCUGAACUGAGGGAGCGAGGACUUCCGGUGAAGCUGGUGGUCGAUAACACGUCCAGGGAGAUCGCAAUUCCUUCCUCUGACGAGAUUAUUCUGGCUGACGUCAUGGGUACCCACGGCCUGGAGCGGAAAGUGGUUUUUUUCCUGCCUGGGGGCCGCCUGUACGAAGACAUGGGGCGAAUUACUGACACACAGAUACAAGCAGACGACCAGUGCGUGUUGGACGACAUGUUUGGGGGAAUGAUGGUGGCAGCCUCACUAGACCCAUCAUCUCCCUACCACGUGUCUUCCGACUCCUGGCCUCACAGGGGAGGCAACACCAGCAGUAACGCAGCGGCAGUCCGUUCGUUUGGGAAUGGAGGUCAGAGGUGACUCGCCUGCGCUAACGUCAUUGGCGGCCCAAGACCAGACGCGGGCUGAUGCCGCCAUCUUGGUUCCUGACGUCACGGACGAAGUAUCAAGGAGGACGGAGGAGGUGGAGCGGCUGCGCGAGGCCCUGGACUGUCUGUCGAUGGACGACCAGGACUGGCUGUUCAUUGCUGCCGCUCGCUGUGUGGCCCAGUUCAUCUUCGUCGUGCCUUGUCCAGAAAGGUGAAGGCCACACACAGUCUCUAACCUCGCUCACUCACGAGUGUCAAGGUCACAGUCUGACGUCAUGUCCACUCACCUUUUUGCAAGGGGAAGCAUUAAUAUCGCAAUAAGGGAGGUAAGAGUGGAAAACGUGACCAUGAAACUGUGAUGUCACUGACCGUUGUACUAGCUUCCCUGCGUAGUGCGUGUGUAAGGUGGGGUCAGAGGUCAGUCUUGGCCUGACAUGCUCACCACACGAUGUUUAUCUUUUCAAACUUAGUUGUGUUCAAAGGGAGAUUAUUUAUGUAUUUCGUAUUCUAAACUUUCAUAUUGCGGACAGUGUAGUACCAAGAUUUGUUGCCCGAUUCUUCAGCAUCCAUUGAAGUUUUUCUUCCGCUGAUCCAAAGAAGAAAAAGGACAAAUGAAGGCAAGUAUAACAUAAUCACCUUUUUCUUGGCUAAACUUAAAGGUAGGAGGGUCCCACUGACACGUUUUUAUGUUUUUGAAUGCACGAGCACGUGCUCAGGUUCCUAUUCAUCAAAGUCGUGACAAGCAGAGAUAGAAACGUGGUUAUUGAACAAGAAUCAGAAAUAAAGGUUUGGCACAAUUUGCUGUUGCGAGAAAAAAUGGAUUAUAGGCUAGCGAUGGAGCAACUGCAUUUGAAAAGCAAAGUUUGAUUAGCGUGUCUUAUUUGAUAUUGGUGUUUGUCUGCCAAGUAGCUUCCGUUAGGCCUUCCACCCCGCCUCCAAGUAAACAAAGCCCGCCCCCCAUUACUGGUGUGACCAGUCGUGCCUUCCCUCCUGUUAGUUGGUUAGCUAGCCACAGUUACUUCAGGACUUUUCUGACUUUUGUUAGUUUAUUUCCACAGCUUCUAAAGCUUCGUCUUUAGCCACAGUGUACACAGCUUACUAUAUUUUGCCGGAUAUUUGUGUAGAGAUCGAUUGCAAUUAUAAUCAGCUACAACUUUUAAUUACGCAGACCCCGAAACUUAAGCUUGUGUAUUCAUCUGUCAUGCAGCAAGAACCUGAUGGCGCGCUUGUUCUGACGGUGGUCGCAGAUGAGCUGCACUCACUAGGACACUCCAAGAGAAAACAAAAGGCAACCGAUGUUGACCUCACCGGGGUGUGCCAAUGUCGGCUCAGCUAUGUAACAGCUUCUGUGUUCCAGCCAACGGGUUCCCUUGCAGCUCUUUGGCCACGCUGGAGAGAGGCGCCCUCAAGCCAUCGGUCAAACAAGAUGAGCACGCCGGCCACGAACUCGCAGGGGAUGCCGGCGUUGAUGAGGACGAGCUUGAAGUCGGACAGUUUGGGCUCGUUGACGAACACGGCCGUGUGGGGCUGCACCUGUAACAUAAAGCACUCUGGAUGGUCUUCUUCUAUACACCACUGCUGCACAAAAAUACCCCGCUGACCCGGACAUCAACAACGUAACCUCCCAGUCACAGAAAAUCAUUAUGCCAUUCUCAACAAAUGUUCUGCCCUACAGCUAACUGGCAUUGUUUGAAUAUGUUUAUAUGUUUAUGGAAUAAAUGUCUACAGUUGAUCGAGUUUGUAAUACAACACACAUACAAAAAAAAACAAAAAACAAAACAACCAACC